AUGACUUCGUUUAUCUUUCUUUGCACAAUGAUGCUUUCAGCGACCCAAUUGGAAGCUUUUACUCCAUUGGCACUGCAAACCAAGAGACUUUACGCAAACCCUCUAUACGUAGUGGAAGUCGAGCAGGAAAUUCAACCAGAGAAUUUGAAGGAACCUGAAUCCAUUCAAGUCCCAUUGAAGUUUAUUGGGCCAUACCCUACUAUGGGGCUUCGUUUUCCCAACUUGGCCACCAAGAAUCAAAAGGCACAAAACAAGACUGGCAUUAGUUUGGAUUUCGUACUUGACACUGCUGCCAAUACCAAUACGAUAAAUGCCCAAGUUGCUUCAGAACUAGAACUCGAGGUGGUGGGCGAGGCAUUACCUGGGUUGUCCUCAGCUGGAGCAAUGCAAGGUGGACAAACCUAUAUGCUGGGAGAUUCACAGCUGGAAGGAAUCCAAAUGAAAGAAGAGAUGGGAGAAGACGGUAUUUUUAUGCAAAAUCUGACAGCAUCCGCACUGCCAAUCGCCAGUCCAGCCUCAGCAGGUUUGCUCAGUCUUCCAUUCUUUUACUGCUUUGAGGGAGGUGUCGAGUUUUCCUGGGGCUCCUCAGCCUUGAAAGACGGAAUGCCGGAUCCUGCCUCGAUUACGUUUUAUGGAGACGAGGAAACGGCAGUGACAAAAGCACUACCCGGAAUGACGCGCGUGCUUAUUGAUCCAAUUCCUGUAACACAGUUGCCAAGUGUCAUGUUGAAUAUCAAUGGAAUGAAAGUACCUGCCUUGUUAGAUACUGGAUCCCCCAUUACCGUUCUAAACUCAGAGGCUGCCAGACAAGCUGGAAUCGCGACCAUCCAAUUACCACCUGAUGGAGAAGAGAAGUCAAAUAACCCCUUUGCUGCAUUUGCUAAUCGGUUCAAGAACGCCCAAGCAGCGGCCAAAGCAGCUGCCAAUGGAGAUCUUCUUACAAUCGCUGGCAGCGAUGGCAAGCCCACGAAUCUUUUGAAAUCCACAUCAACAUUCGAUCUGUCCUUGUCUGGUGAUUCAGAAGAUGUCAGUUUCGGUAGUGGCCACAUUUAUGUAGGCGACAUUCCAGGGCUGGCAGCCUUGAAUGGGAUUGGAGUAGACUCUCCACCAGCUGCCGUAUUGGGCAUGGACGUGUUGAGAAAGCGACCUAGGAUGUUUCUUCGUGCAAGAGACCAAGAAGUUUACUUCUAA